AGGUGCAGCGAUGUCCGGUGACGGUGAGGGGGAGAAGACGCCGCCGCCGGCGGACGAGGACGAGGAGGACGAUGACUUCGAUGAUCUCAGGGAUCAGAUCAACUAUAACACCAUCACAUCGCUCGCGGCGCUGAAGGAAAUUCUGGGUCACGACUCGCGGACCAGUAGCGAUGACGUGUCGUGGUUCCAGCACUACUUCCUUCAUCACGUGAACAGGUUACCGUCCAGGAGCCAGUAUCCGGGACGAAGGCUCAGCGAGUGUCCCGAGGAGGACGAAUCGGCGGCGGCUGCGGAGUCCGCGACCUCCGCUACGGAGACGGCUGCGACUGCCGCCGAAGACGAUUCCUCCUCUUCGGAAACCUCCAGUUCCUCUUCGACGUCCAGCGACGAUGAAGAAGAGGAAGAGGAGGAGGAGUCGAAGGCCGAGUCGAAAGAGUCUAAGGCCGAAUCCUCCCCGACAUCUUCCGCGCCCCCGACGCCGAAGAGGAACCCCUCUCUGACCCCAGACACCCCGCCACUCUCUCCCCGCACCCUGAGCCGCGGCACCUCCCCGCAUUUCGAUAAACGCUUUUUCGACUCCAGCAUAAUCGAGAUGAAGAGUCAGGCCAGCUCUACAUCCACGCUGGACAACGACUCCACCGAGGAGAUCUGGGUGAGGAGGAUCGACGCUGACACUGCCAGGCGGAAAAGGGAGCUCGGGUCCCAGCCGCUGCCCACGAUCGUUACCGAGGAUCACGCUAUGGCCGGCUCGGAGCCUCCUAGACAGCGCGCUGGAACGUGGAGUAUCUCCCAGACCAGACAUUUGCACUUCUCUUCUACUACAAGCAGUGCGAGUGCGGGCAGUACCAACAGCAGCGGCAAGGACCCCACGGAGAGACGGAAGUCCGGGGACGAUAUCCUCAACCAGGCUCAUAGUGUACAGUCUCCGCGCAAGUCUACACCUACCACCAUCUUCGAUGCGUUCAGACCCCGCUCAAAGUCUGACGCGUCCCGUGCCAAGAAACCCACCACGCUCAUAGCUCAGAUGAAAAAUGUCGUGCAGAACUCGCUGAUGUCGCCGGGGUCGGGUUCGCGUAGCAGUGCGAGUAACAGUGGCUCGACAUCGAGCACGGAUGCGGAUUCAGGACAAGGCGCGCGACCUCGUGCGGGUAGUGACAGCUCCACACAUAGCAGUGCGUCUCGCAAUCCCGUCUCUAAGAUGAUGGACUUGUUCCGGCAUCGAUCCCACUCCGCAGUGUCCGCCGAUGAGAAGAGAAAAGCCAAAGUUGCAGCGUUAAGCCAGCAACAGCAAAAAAGUGCUCUCCUGAGGCGGAGCUCUGUGGACGUAGAGAGGCGGAGGUUGUCGCUUGGGGCGGUCUCCACCCCUCACAGGGCUUCGGACGCCUGCCUGGACCCUCACCACGCUGCCAUACUCUUCCGGGACUCCAGAGGGUUACCUGUGGCUGACCCCUUCCUCGAGAAAGUCAACAUUUCUGAUCUUGAGGAGGACGAGAGCCAGAUCUUUGUUAAGUUCUUCAAGUUCCACAAGUGCUAUGACCUGAUACCCACAAGUGCAAAGUUAGUUGUAUUCGAUACGCAGCUAUUAGUGAAGAAGGCCUUUUUUGCCCUAGUUUAUAAUGGUGUCAGAGCAGCACCUCUGUGGGACAGUACGCAGCAGAAGUUUGUCGGAAUGCUGACCAUCACAGACUUCAUCAAGAUCUUGCAGAUGUACUACACCUCACCCACCGUCACUAUGGAGGAGCUGGAGGAACACAAGCUCGAUACAUGGCGAAAUGUACUCCAAGACAACGUGAAGGAGCUGGUCUCGAUAGGACCCGAUGCUUCCCUGUACGAUGCCAUCAAGACCCUGAUACACAACAGGAUACAUAGACUCCCUGUCAUCGACCCUGAGACUGGCAACGUGCUGUACAUACUCACUCACAAACGUAUCCUAAGGUUCCUCUUUCUUUAUAUAAACGACCUGCCCAAGCCGAGUUACAUGCACAAGACUCUGGAGGAGCUGAGGAUCGGAACAUUCAGCAACAUUGAGACUGCAGAGCCUGACACCUCCAUCAUCCUCGCGCUACGCAAGUUCGUGGAGAGGAGAGUGUCUGCGCUGCCCAUGGUGGACGAAGAGGGGAGGCUCGUUGACAUCUUUGCCAAGUUCGACGUCAUUAACUUGGCAGCAGAGAAGACUUACAACAACCUGGACGUAUCGUUGAAGACGGCUAAUGAGCACAGGAACGAAUGGUUCGAGGGGGUUCACAAGUGUAAACCUACAGAGACCCUUUACACCAUCAUGGAGAGGAUAGUCAGAGCUGAGGUGCACAGGCUGGUGAUCACUGAUGAUGAUGAUAAAGUGAUCGGAAUUCUGUCAUUAUCUGAUCUCCUUCUCUACCUCGUUCUCAGGCCAUGUGGAGAUGAUGGCAGCGGCGGCAUCGAGUUGCCAAGCAACAGCGUGCGGCUGCAGGAUCUCCACAGUCAGCAGCAGUCGGGGGAGACGAUCCCGGAGGAGGAGGGUGGCUCCAGCGGCGACGAGCAGGAAACCUCUCCUCCCCCGCCAUCACCCCCGCCCACUGCCACACCUUCCCUGACCCCCCCACCAGCCCCCACCCACCCGUGGCGUGAGGUCACGGUGUCGGGUGGCGAGUAACACGGACUCUCGUUAAUUUAUUUGUAGAUACAGAGAAAGUUACCUGCUAUUUUUAAACCCGUGUAGAUCAGUGUAAACUUGACAACUAACAGUGUACCUUCGUUUAAAAUUGUACUUAAGUCGACUGGUUAUCACCGUAGAAAUUGAUUUCCCAAAUAUUAUCAUGACUAGAGUUUACGCCAGUCGGAAAUAUCAGUGACGGGAUGGUGUUUUAUUUCUUCAAUACAUAAUACUGUGAUACUUAUGUUCUAGAAUUAUUUUGACAAUAACUAAUUGUAAUGUACAAACCGGUCAGGACCAAUUCACAGUUUAAAUUUUGACUGUAAUACGUUGUGUACAAACAGUUGACUGUUCUCUCAACAGAAAUGCCAAAACGGAAUUUUCAUGUUUGCAUUAUGUAAUAGAAGUCAAAUAUCACGAAGCAAAUUGGAAUCAAAAUGAAACUAAACCGAUUGUUAGCGAAAGAAUUCAUAGUCAAUUUUAUCAAUAUUUUUAUAGACUAGUAAUAGGAAGUAGGCUUAAUUUAUAAUUCAAUAAGAAAUAUUGAUAAGUUUGUCUCGAGUAAGUUCACCUUCAGUCUCAGCUGACGGUGCCACACUGAGCUAUUUUGUAGUAAUUUUUCUCUAAAGUGACUUGGUUACUCUUUAUUGCUGUGUAUUAUUAUUUAUAAGUAGUUUUAUUCCAGAAUAUUUCUUUGGAAAUGACGAGUACACAGGUUUUAUAUGUGUAUGAGUUUCGUGUAAACAAUGAGAACUGAAAUUUCCCCCCAAUACUGUAUAUUAUAACAGUCUUUGGUUCCUAACCCUUAGAAAUUAAUUUGAAAAAUGUUUACAAGGAACCCUGUUGUGAAAUAAAUACUUGAUUAUUUUGUAUUUAUUAUUGAUAUUACAUCAUCGAUUGAAAAAAAUAAAUGAAAUAUUUUUUGUA